CAAUAAAGUCCAAACUGACCACGGUUACCAGCAUCCAUGUGUACAGCAUUCAGAAAGCCCUGCUCAAAGACAGCGGGCCGCUCUACAACACAGACUACGAUAUCAUCAAAACCAACCUGCACAACUGCAGCAAGUUCAGUGCCAUUCGCUGUGCUGAUGCAGUCCCCAGGACUCCAGCUGAAGUUGCUCAAGCACGGACGUUGGCACGGGCUGCUUCCCAGACACCGAGUGACACAAGCACUGUCAGCACACCACCACUCAAUGGCCACGGUCCUACAGCUGCUAAGCAGAGCUCGCAGCCCCCCAAGGGGAUCAUGGGGAUGUUUGCAGCCAAAGCUGCUUCCAAAGUCCAGGAUACAAAUAAAGAACCCAAAGCUAAGGAGGCUCCAAGUGUGUCUGCAGCGAGCAGUAAGCCAUCAGCAAAGGCCAACAUCAUGAACAACUUCUUUGGAAAAGCUGCCAUGA